AUGAAUGGCAUUUUUCCUUCCAUUCUGCCCCCUGCUCAGGCUCUGAAGCCUGAGUCAGAGUCUGGCAAAGCAGCGCGGCAGCAACCCCUGCCCUGCCCAGCCAUCGGAGCGGGUGGUACUGGUGCCAGGCAGCCCAUGGCAGCGGCGGGGUUGGUGCGCCGUGCGCUCACAGGUCGUGCCUGCUGCACUGGACUGAGUCCUGCAGACGUACUGGUGCUCUGGGAUCGGUGCACGUCAGGAGAGGAAAAAUGCCUGGGCAGGAAAAACUUCAGGUGCAGGGAAGAACCGGAAGAUGUGGAGGAGCAGGGUGUUAAGCUCAGUGUUAACCUGGAUGAGAAGAGGAUGUGGGCAUCCAGUCGCUGGUGGGUGCGUAGGGGCUCGGGGGUGAUGGCACUGCGAGGUUCCUCAUGGGCUCAGGGAGAGGGCAGCUUGCAUUUCCAUCAGCCCCCGUGGGGGGCCGGCCCCUUCCUACGCCUGCGCCCUGUGAUGCGACAGGUCGCCCUGCCUGCCGAGCGCCUGAUAACCCCUGGGCACGUUAAUCACCGAGAGCGUUCCUUCUCCUUGCAGCUGAAGGACAGACUGUGUUGGGAAGCAAAAAGCAUAAUUACAGUUGAAUUCCAGCUUCCACCAGAGCUGCUUCUCCUCAGCUCUCGGUACAAUCCUGGGAAUUGUUUAGGGAUCUCUGAUCCUUUGCAGAGACAGGGACGAGGGUUGGUUCCGCGCCAGCCUGGAGUGAGCAAUAAUCUGUUUGAAAUACUUGAAAUUGAAAGAGGGAUUACAGCUGAUGAAUUUGAAGCAAACGAUGACCCAGGUGUGCUGGUACACAGCUGUGAUUUUGACAGUGGACUCUGUGGAUGGCUCAAGGACAAAGAUGACAACUUGCACUGGGAACCAGUGAGAGACGAGUCAGGCGGACAGUAUCUUACCAUCUCUGACCCCCAAGGCAAGGAAGGAAGAGCAGCUCACCUGAUCCUGCCCUUGGCUCACGCAGCUCAGGCCGGCGACUUGUGCCUCUCAUUCAGGCAUAAGGUGCCCGGGCUGCAGUCUGCUGCCCUCCAAGUCUUCGUAAGGAAAAACGGCGCGCACGGACCAGCCGUCUGGGGAAGAAAUGGUGGCCAUGGCUGGAGGCAGACUCACAUAACUUUAGGAGGAUUAGGCAUCAAGAGCGUUAUUUUCAAAGGGGAGAAAGGGAAAGGAAGAACGGGGGACAUUGGACUAGAUGACGUGAUCUUGAGGAGAGGACGCUGCUCUGAAGAGCAUUAG